UUCAGGGAGGAGGGGAGUGUCAAAUUCCAAAAGAGAAGAGAGGGAGAGGAGCGCAAAGUUACAUUGCAAGCUCUUUGCAAAGAUGGGCGACGACCGGCCUUUUGUGUGCAACGCUCCCGGCUGUGGACAGAGGUUUACCAACGAGGACCACCUGGCUGUACACAAACACAAGCAUGAGAUGAGUCUAAAGUUUGGCCCUGCCAGGACAGACUCUGUCAUUAUCCAAGACCAGACCCCUACUCCCACUCGCUUCCUGAAGAACUGUGAGGAGGUGGGGCUGUUCAACGAGCUGGCUAGCUCCUUCGCUGAGGAGUUCAGGAAGGCCCAGGAGGACGAUGACAAGCGGGCCAAGAACCCUCUGCCUGCCCCCCACAGAGAGGUGGCCCUACACAUGAGCUUGCAGACACCGUCAGCAGAAGCCAUGAAGGUGAAGGAGGAGGAGCCUGUGGAGGUUGACUCUUCCCCACCAGGAAGUCCUGAUUCCUUCUCCAGCAUGUCAGACAGCAGCAGGGAUGCCAUGGACACUCCCCCGAGGUCAGUGCUGAGUUCUGCCCCCACCCCCACCAUCGUGAGGCACGGUGCCCUCCCUAUGCGUCCCAGACCAGGCUCUCUGCCACUCCACUUGGGCUUUGACGCCCUGCAGCCCACCAUGCCUUCACCCACCUCCGUCAUCACACCCACCCCACCCUCCAACCGCACCCUGCUGGGCUCUCCCACUGGCCACUACCCCGUGAUGAUGCACCUUACCAAUGGGCUCCUGCCUGGUCCUAUGCAGAUACCCUCUGUCAUUUCUCUGGCCCGGCCCAUGCACAUGGUGCCCAACAUUCCCGGCAUCCCUGGUCCUCCUCUGGGAGGCGGCAGCAGCGGCUCCCACUCCGCGUACACCACACACUCUGAGGCCAAGAUGAGGCUGAAGGCAGCACUAGCACAGCAGAGUUUAGGGGGUCAGAUGGGGGGUGUGGCCGGCAGCCCCAUGCACCCUCAGAGGAUGGAGCAGAGUCAGCUAUUGGUGCAGCACCCAGACGCACCCUCCCCCGCACAGCCACAGGUGUCUCCGGCUCAGCCUACCGGUGGUCGGCGGCGGCGUGCAGUGGGGGACGACCCGGACGAUAGACGGCAGCGUUUCCUGGAGCGGAACCGGGCAGCCGCCUCGCGCUGCCGACAGAAACGCAAAGUCUGGGUCAACUCCCUGGAGAAGAAGGCCGAGGAGCUCUCCUCCAUGAACGUCUCCCUGGCGAAUGAGGUGUCUCUACUGAGGAAUGAGGUGGCUCAUCUCAAACAGCUGCUGCUGGCUCAUAAGGACUGCCCUGUCACCACUCGACAGAAGAGUAUGGGAGAAGACAGCAUAAUGAAAGACAUGUCGGAGCCCACCGGCUCCACAGCACCCGUCAUCCAGCACAGCUCCCUGCCCAGUUCCUCUCCUUACUCGGGCCCCAACGGCAUAAGGAUCCGGGCGGCUGCCGAGGCCAUGUCUGUGCUGGCCAGGAUGGGUCAACACCAGCAGCACCAGCAGAGGAGAGAAGAGGGGGAUGGAGGGAGAGACGUGAGGGAUGGACCCUCCCACAUCAUCAUGGCCACACAUUCGCACCACUCUGCCAGAUGAUGAGCAUAUCACACACCACAGCCCGGGACUGUACGGCUCACACAGCACCAGGCACCACCCUACAUGGGCAGGAGGAAAGCACAGGAGAGGGUAGUGGAGGAAGAGAGCAACUCAAAAAUAAGUCAUGCCUUCCUAGUCAAAUAAACCUUCUCAGGUGAGCAGAGGAGUAGUUACAUGAUAUACAAUCCUCCCUCCUCUACUCUCUGCCCAUGCUGUGUCAGCCACUUUUGUGUCAGGCCUGGAGCCUUGCUGAAGUUCAGCAACAACAGCCUUCUGGGAAUAGACCGGGACGAUAGAAGAGGAAGAGCUUCUUGUUCUGUUCAAUAUGCCAUAUAUAGACUAUAUACAGGGGCUGGACUCAACACCCCUCGUAUUCCCCCCUACAACCCUCUCGCCUGGCCUCAGCCUCUAUGAAAUUCACUGGACUGUAAGGACUGCAUAGCAUCGUCCCGAGUGUCGUAACUGUCAUUGUGAUAAACUCGAACACUCAGACUCUAACACACGGUAACACACACAUACCAGACACAUAUACUCAGCGUUAACAUUGAAUUGAUUCGUGUUUGUUGUUUAUCAAGUGAUAUACCAAAGCCCUGAUCACUGCAGGGGUCCAUACUAUUGUAACAGGGGGUUGUGGCCUUGCUCUCCUGCACAUGUUGACACGUGUUUAUUCACACACAAAAAUGGGUUUUAAUGAUUGAAGCUCCAACUCCAUAGAUGCAAUAGUUUUGUAUACUCUAAAAUAUUUUCAAUUUUAUCUGUUGAAUCCCUAGCAGUUUUGUAAGCGAUUUCAUUGAGGAUCUGUCGCAGUUGUUCACGAAAAAGCUUGACCUUAUUUUUAGCCCUUUAUGGUGUGUGUGUGUGUGUGUGUGUGUGUGUGUGUGUGUGUGCAUCAAGUAGUUUGUUGAUUCAAGGUCUGAUAAAACAAGAUCUUGUUUGGUAGCAUUUGACAUCUUGUUAUAUUAGCGUCUUUGUUGUAUUCCUGUGCAGCUUUUUACAAAUUUAUCGGCACAUUACUAUUUGCAGCUUGGGCCAUAGAGAACCAAAUGAUCUUCUGUGUGACAGAAACGGAAAGCUAAAAAGAAUGUAUUUAGAGUGUACACUCAUUUACAAAUGAUUUAUACACUUAAGUGUUUUUCAAAGAAAAUCUUUUCACUUUUAGCUUCAGAAUUUCUUUGGGACUGCAUCUGACUAAACAAAUCCAACCUCCUGUCCUCUGUCUAACCAUUUCCUCUUUCCCGUGCAAUUUUUGUAUUUAUUUGUUUCUAAAUGUAUGUCAUUACCAUCUUUUAUGAAAUCUUAUCUGAUAGGAAAAGCUUUUCCUAACUGGCCUUUGUCUCCCUCGUCUGUUUUCUGAACCUUCUGGAGGUGGUACCUUUAGUGCUUCAACCUUGCUGCUUUCUGGAACGUGGUGGGCUGCUGUUAAGUCUCCAGGGUCGCGUUCAUUCGGUACCAAACACGACAAAACGGACUGAAACAACAAGGCACGUACUCAUUUUCGUUUGCCGUUGCAAAACGUUAUGAAACGUUUUCCGUUGAGUGCACUAAUGAACACAAACCUGGCUGUUCUUUAUUAAUGACUCUAUCCAAAACAAAGCCAUGUUACUCUUUAGCCGAGCGUGUGUGUGUGUGUGUUUUUACAAACAGCACUGACACAUCUGGACUCAGACACACACAUCGUUUGAAAACGAUUUUGCCUUAAAGAAUCACUUUCGUGCCUCCGACAUCCUUCUCAAAGAUUGGGUUGCAUGAAAAAACCUUAUGGUUCUGCCUUAGGAAGAAAAAAAAAUGUUUUCAGAAAUUAAAAACCAUUAGCAAUGGGGUAACAACUGAUUAGCUUCUUUUUUUUACAUGGUGAGAAUUUUUCAUAUUGUACAUGUAAAAUGUCACCAUGGCGUCUCAACACAUGAUCAUUGUUGUGUUAUACACUGCCAUCUAGUGGAGUAAUUUGACCUUCACCUUCUCUCACAAGGAUGGGAAAUUGAACUUUGAGGGAAAUUCCUUCAGAACUCCUAUGGCAGUCUCAGAACAGUUUAAAUUCUUCAGGGAUCUCCCCCCUAUUUAGUUUUAGACAUUUUGUUUUUAGAAAAACAAACCACCUAAACAAGCGAUUAAUCUUGUUGUUUUGUAUUGGUUUAGAACUUCCUCCACCAUCUAUCUAAUGUAUGUGUAACCAUUUGCAGUGUUUAAUCCUGCAGAAAUAACUAGGGUAUCAGUCCCAAAAACAUAAGCGCAUGUCUAAAUGCACUAAAAUAUGCAGGUUUAUCCUUAAUUAUUUUCCUUUUUUUUUCUCUUUGUGUCAACUAUGGUUUGUCCUGAACACAGGUUCUCUUUCAGUAACAUCAAAAGUGUGCUAUUUCUUUUGUCUUGAUAAUGUAUUUUAUACAUAAUGGGACUGGUUCCAGAUUAAGCCUAGUUCUACACUAAAAAGCAUGUUCAAUGGAGAUUCUCAAUUGAAGGUACUUCUUAGACCAGAGCUAGAUUCAAUCUGUGUUCAGGAAACUGGCCCAACAAGGAUUGCUACUCCGUAACUACUGACACAUCUCACAUAACUGAACCGCUUUGUCAUUGUACCACAGUCCCAAUGGUACACCCUAUUCCCCAUUUUAUUACACUACUUUUGACCAGGGCUCUGUACUAUAUAGGGAAUAGGGUGCGAUUUGGUAUGCUACCCUACAGUGACCGUCCCAAUGGUUACCCUGUCAGGCGUUGUGUAGUACUCUGAGCUGGCACUAGCUAGCUGUCCCUUUUAUAAAUAGACGAUUGUUCAUAUGAAAUGGAAAAAAAUCUACUUCAUUUAGCUUUCAUAUCAGUUAAUUGUCAUUGGCACUUUGUUCAUAAUUUCAUAAAAUAAAAUAAAUGUAUCCAGUAUUUUUUACAUUGCGUGCUAUUGUCACGAGGACUAUAUACAAAUACUCUGGCAUGAUAAACGCUUCCUCUGUUAUAUAUUUUUGUGUUGUAAUGAUAAGAUAUAGAAAUGUAUUUGUUUUAGUACAUCAAUGUCUUUUAGUUUUUUUCCUAUCAAAAAGACUUAGUGUAACCCAACAGCCGGACGACACCGGAACCAUAGAACUGGAAUCAUGAUUCUACUCCCAUGGCUGGAAACUCUGCUGAGUCUGGACUGCCUGUUACUCACAAUAACUUAUUGUUACAUUGUCUUCAUGGAAAUCGUUUUUUUUUUUUACCCCUCUCAAAAUAUGAACAGUUGUGAGCAAGUAACAGAAUUGUAUAAGAAAAAUAACAGUUUUACCUAAUGAGAAGACUUUGUUUUGUAUUUACAUUUUUCAUUCACACUCCCAUGAAAGAAUUGUUGGACUGAUCAUUUUUUAAAUUGUCCUUAUUGUACUGUACAUAUCUGUACUAGGCUAUAUGAAUAUAUUUACUUUUCCAUGCAUGUCUAAGUGAAACUACUAUGAACACUUACCGUGCUGCAGCUUUAAUUAAACAAAUAACUUCAUGAAUAGCAAACAUUUCUGUAAUAUUUGAUUCAGACAAUUUAACACAAUAGAUUCUCUCAAUUCAUUUCAAUCUCAAUUGAAGGGGUUUUAUUGGCAUGGGAAACAUGUUUACAUCGCCAAAUAAAGUGAAAUGGAUGAUAAACGAAAGUGAAAUAAACAAUAAAAAUUAACAGUAAACAUUACACUCACAAGUUCAAAUGGUUUAGAGAUGUUUUGAAUGUCAUUGUCUAUAUAGUGUUGUAAUGAUGUGCAAAUAGUGAAAGUACAAAAGGGAAAAUAAAUAUGGGUUGUAUUUACAA